CUAUAAUCAAGCAUGCCUUAUAAAUGAAGGUCGCCAACAAAAAUUAGUUUUUAGACGAUUCCCACAAAUUUAUAAUUAUAAUAGAUCAUUAUUUUAAAUAUGAGUGCAUUUUGCAUACCAUCUUAUGGAAAUAUUUGUCUCUGAUUUUGACAUUUGCCUAGCUUCCGUAAGUGAUAAUUUUUUCUUCAAGAUAAAUUAUAAUUUUUGUAAUUCCGAUUAGAUCUCGGUAAUUUAUAAGUGUUAGUAAAACUAGUACAUGUUUAUUGAAUCUUACUGAUUAUGAGCGAAAACGAAAGUGCCGAUCCGCAGUUGGAAAACUUCAUAUUAGCAGAAACGCAGAAGCAACGAUUUCAGGUUCUUGUACACGGUCUGACAGACACAUGCUGGGACACAUGUAUGGGACGACCGUCAACCCGACUCGAUUCCAAAACUGAAGUGUGCAUCAUGAACUGCGUUGAGCGAUUCAUUGACGCAACUACCUUCAUUACUAAACGUCUUAUGAACACUACAAAGUACCGAUCAGACUCACCACUUGAAUUUCAGUAACUUGUAAUAAUUUUAAAGUUGUAAAAAUGUUUUCAAGCAUUAAAAACUUUUUACACCGCCAUAAGAAAAAGUUUAUCGUGACAGGGGUUGUGGUUGGUGGGAUCUAUAUAUUGACAAACUAUGCCCAAAGAAAAUUAAGGGAAUGGCAGGAGAAAGAAGCAAAGAAAUUCUUUGAGAUGACCCGCAAAAAGCAACAUUUUGAAAGCACAGAACGUACCUGCAACCAAACUAUUCUUUCACUAUCAAAAAUUGUGUCUGAAAGUAUACUAAGUCUACUGAACACAGAAGAAAUAGUACAGAAAUUGCAAGAAAAUCCUGAAAAUAAACUAGCUCUCUGGGAACAGUUGAAGGUAAUGAUAUUCACAAGAAUCUGUGUACUUGUUUAUGCUCUGUGCAUAUUACAAGUGACUUUACGAGUGCAAUUGAACAUAAUUGGUGGCUAUCUUUUCAAAGAUUCAGUACAUGAGGAGGAUCCAUUAGUUGACAGCAAUUUGCAAUCAAAAUAUUUGUCAUUAUGUCACCAUUUCGUUGGACGAGGUGUGGAGGAUUUGAUAAAACAAAUAGAAAAGGCAGUUAAGAGGGUUGUGGAACCAGUUGUGCUUAAGAAAAAAAUCACUCUACAAGAAGUAGAACAGAUGUUUUGGUCAAUCCAAACAAUAUUAUGUACCGACACGGCAGACGGUGAUCCUAUCAAGAAAAUGGUGCACUAUUUAGUGGGACACACAGAGAUAGAUGAUGCCAAACUGGAUACCAUUGUCAAAGAAACAAUGGAUAUAUUAGAGAGUGACGAAGUGACAUCUAUCGCAAUGUCUUCUGUCAGCAGAAGCUUUUCGGCCGUUAUUGAUGAGGUAGCUAGCCUCUUUGUGACAAAGUCAGUGCCCAUAACUAAAAAUGAUUUGGAAAUCGAUUGUCAUGUCAUCACAAAUGGCGCACUGAAACUGGGGGCAGCUGCAGAGCAGUUUGUGGACAUUAAUAAAGUUGAAAUACAUUUUGUAAAACUGCUGCCAGUAAUUAAUGAACUUGUCACUAAGAACACUUGUAAGGGAAACAACAACAUUCCAGAUUUAUUGACUCAACAACUAACACUCAAUGAUAAAUUGAAGCUGUUAGGUGCAAACAUUUAUGAAGUAUUUAGUAAUUAGUACUUUAUAUUAUUAUAUUUACUGGUUUCACUAUUUCCUGUAAUUUUUAAAUAUGGUUUCCUUUAAACUUGUUUACUUCUGAAGCUUUAAGUGUUGUACCUCUUAUGUUGCGAAAAUAAUAGAUAUAAUUUGCGGUGUUUUUGUGUAACAAUAAUAUUUAUUCUGUAACAUCUAGUUAUCAUGGCAUGGUGUAAAGAUUUGUAAGUCUAAAUUUUUUAGACAUAAACUGGGGGAAAUUAAUAAAUGUUAAGACAACCA